AUGUCCAUGACCAGGCAUGUCAAGAAGGUUACGCUGACGUCCAAGAAGAACUGGUGGAUGGUUGAGCUCGAUGAGGAAGAUGGAACAGCUACUCCUCCAUCAAAUCAACUGCCAAUUACUGAGGAAACGCUGGUGAACGAACGUCCUUAUCCCUCAUUCAUAUCGAACGCUUUCUCCAGUCGAAUACAUGAGUCCAAUGUGCGCGAACCAAAUCCAUCCGUCCCCGUGUAUACCCCACCAAACAAUCCACUAGCCAUAUUCUCAUUUCCGACCCCGACGACCUACUCAGCACCACCGAAUCCUACCCAGAACCUUGCUCCUUUCGCUUCGGGUUCUGCUUCAGAGCUGUUCAAGUGCGUCGUGAAGAAACCCAAUGUUGUACAGGUUGAGAUCAACGACGAGAUGCAGACGAAUGCACAGGACGUCAUCACACAAUUCCUUGCCGAGUUGCGUGUGUAUACGACCGUCACGCGUCACCGGAAUAUCGCUGCCUUCUUGGGUUGCCUCGAGAACGUCGGUAUGGUCUUGGAGUGUAUCGACGGUCGGACACUCUGGGAUGUCAUCAAGGAACGACCGGGGUUUACGCGAGGCAAAAAGAUUGAAUUUCACAACCAACUUCUCGAUGGGCUCACCCAUCUGCAUUCAUUCGGCUUGAGCCAUGGCGAUCUCUCGCUGUUGAACGUUCAGGUGACGUACUCAUCUGAUACGAUCAAAUUACUGGACUUUGGUCGCUCAGUUUCUACCGAUUCUACCUACGCCUCCCCUUUCGAAGAUAUCUCACAGCCCCCUGCCGCACCACCACCAUCACGCCCGCCGAUCACAUCUCGAUUCGCUUCCAAAGAGCCGUACUCCCCGCUCUCCCCUACGAUACCACCGCCGCCGCCACAACAACAACAGAAACAGGUCGAGCAGAUCCAUCCUGGAACACGUCCGUUUGCUGCACCAGAGGUCCUGCGUGGCGAAUGUCAAGACCCACGCUUGGCAGAUGCAUACAGCUUCGGGAUGAUUCUCGUCUGCCUCGACCGGUGCGAGCUGGUCGAUGUCAAGCCUUGGGUGCAGAGGAAGGAUGCACUACCGCAGGGGUUCCUCGACGGUCUACUGGUCUUCGGGGAGAGGUGCGAGCAGUACCUGAGACCGUGGGAUGGAGGCCGGAGACGGUUGCUCAAGGAAGACAUGAUGGAUGUCGAUGUACAGAUGGCCCAAUAA